CACACCACAACUUGGAACACGACCUCUCACCCGCCUCCAGGCCAACCAAAACACUGCAUCAGACGAUCAGUGGCUUCAACCACUCAGUAUUACGGUUGCUGCCCGAUGGGGCGGUAGUUCGCUGAGCUGCACAUGUAGUGGAUUACUGGACGCUACACACUCUUUUGUGUUAUUUGUACAAGAUCAUCCCGUCUUUGAAUAACCUGUCGUGGUUCAGCGAGUGCGUAUCUUGUUUGUGAAACAGAUCCACACGCGAGAGAGGACUGGUACGCUGAUCCUGGCUGGGAAGUGGAAGGUCAAGACUCGGUCACCGAUAGUACUCCUCCAUUCGCGCCUGAGACCUAGUCCGUCGACGUUACUGGCUGUAAGCUGAUUGGCUGAUGUGUCUCAUCAGCAGAAUAUUUGCCAGACACUUGAUGUUCCCAUCUUACCAGAUUUUACAAUGAACCUGAGAUACUGUACUUGGAAGAGGCUUGAGGUGGUGACGACAGUAAUCCUCGUCACAGUAUGGGGAGUCUCCUCUAAUUUUACCCAGUCACUUACUGACUCACAGGUGACAGAGUCACUUCUGACAAAUUUCACACUUAAGAAAUGUCAAUGUGAAGUUGAUCAUGUGCUGGAUGAGUCUACCUGUAUAAAAAGGAAGACAGUUGUAAUUUUGUGGGACACCAUAAAUAAUGAACCAUUAAUUUUUAACACCAGUAUGUUUGAGAACAUAGUGGUGGCAGAGCCACAGUGUUCUGGUAGUCUGAUACGUGUUGUUCUCAAUGAUAGUACCUUCAGAUUUUUUUUUCUGCCAUCUGGAGAACUUCAGUGGGAAGGUGAACAAUCCUUCCAGGAUUACUGUAUUGAAAACUAUUUGCAUGAUGGCCAUAUGGGCUGGGAAGCUCACGUGUGUUUGCCUGCUCCUCCAGUGCCUCGAUGCUGCCCUCCAGGAUAUGCUUUGGCUCAUGACGACUCCUGUGUUGCCUACAGUGGCAACUUUGCACCACCCAUAGACUUUAAUAACAUGCCUGUGCAAUGGGCAGCUGCUGAGGGGGAUGUUCAAAAUGUUACCUGUCAUGGAAUAUCAGUUGUUCGCCAUCUUAACUUGAACACUCGAGAGGGAAUUCUUGCCUAUAACUCAGAGAGGGCAAUAUUAGAAUGGAAGUCAUCGACAAAACCCACAACUUAUAAUAGGGAAUAUGAGUACUGUGUGGGCAUGAAUAUUGACAUUAAUGUUCAACAAUAUGUAGCUAAAUUCUGCUAUCUGGACCCGUCUCUGGAACACCAGGUUAAGUGCAACAACAGCAAUUGUGUACGGAAAUGUUGUCCACAAGGUCAGCUGCUUUUGGGUAUGACGUGUGUUAAUUCCUACUCAGAGGAAGAGAUUUGGCAGCUACCAAUCUCUGCUAGUCAAAAUAACACUUUAGUUUUGGCACCUGCUGAAAAUUGGACAGUAGUUGCUGGAUUUCCAUUUUGUGAAAGUUUCUUUGAUUUAGAAUCUGAUGUGAAAAGUUACGAUGAGUUCUACUUAUUGCCAAAUGGUUCACUUCAUAUUCCUCAUUUUGAAGAUAGCUACCCACCAACUAACUACUGCCUUGAUCUUUACCUGGAACCAGGUCCGAAUUAUACUCUAGUCAAUCAGGUCAUUUUGUGUGCUCCUGGAGAGAUGGAACCUCCCUGUCAUUGGAAGAACAUUCUUAUUGGAGUGUUGCUUGGAAUUUCUUGCUUGUUUUUGGUGGCUACCCUUGGUGUGUACCUAGGUGUGGCAGAGAUAAGGGAUCGCACCUAUGGUCGAUGCCUUAUAUCAAUGGUUACUGCCAUGUUGGCCUCAUACCUCACCCUCAUUAUCAAUAAUCAAGUUCAGGCAUCCUCCGACGCUGAGUGCAUCACUAUGGCAUUUAUCGGUCAUGUGAGCACUCUAGCAACUUUCUUCUGGCUUAACGUUAUGUGUUACGACAUGUGGUCAACACUCCGAUCAUCCCAGCAGAAACAUCACAGCAAGAAAGUAUUCCUACUGUACAGCAUAUAUGCUUGGGGUGGUCCCCUGGUGGUGGGUGUGGUGGCACUGGUCAUUGAUAGCCUACAAUUAAAAAAUGCCAUCCGACCUCAUUAUACAGAUGGCACCUGUUGGUUCUAUGGCACUGCUGAGUACUGGCUCUACUUAGCAGGGAUCAUCUUUAUCUUAGUGGUGAUCAACUUGUUCUUCUUUGUACAUGUAGCGGUCACACUGGCAGGAGACUUCAAGAAAACCCGAAGGACAUUUAACACUACCACAAGCCAUAGCAGUAAUGCUCCCAAAACCAAACUACAGGCCUGGCUCUACAUAAAGCUCUUCAUUGUCAUGGGGAUUGUAUGGAUAGCAGAGACCAUCUCCGGUGCCCACCAGAGGAAUUCUUGUACCUAUUGGGUGUUUUUUGAUAUAAUCAAUGCAUUGCAAGGAGUAUUCAUCUUCCUUGUGACUGUUUGCAACAAGGACAAUAAGAAAAAGAUACGAGAUACCUGGAAUCCUCGCCUUCAGAGUGUCCAAAAAACACUUAGCUCUAUGCGAGCGCACAGUUCCACAAUGAGAACAAACACAAGUACAAGAGUCAAUGACUUGAGUAUUGGAGCAUCUGAAUCUUCUAGAAAGACUUCAGUUACCUCCCUCCCAAGGAAAUUCUCCAUUGUGUCGAAUAUCUUCCAUCCUGCUUCUAACAGGGACAAAGCAGCCACAGAACUAAGUGAUACUUCUGAAACACCCAAUAAAUCUAAGGAGAGUACAGCAAACAGGAAGAUUUCCACUACCUCUAACCUUGAAACAAUUCCAAUGGAGACUAUGGAUGAAUAGUAACAUAUUCACAUCUCCCCCAAUAGUGUUGAUUGAUUUUUCUGUAAAAGAGAACUUAUUUUCAUUGGUGUUUUUUAUAAGGCACUACAUUAUACAGUGUGCCAUAUCCAUACUGUCCCUAGCAGGCAGUCAUGCCUAUGGAAACCACUUUAAAUUUUUCACAUUAUACAGCGAGUAGUUUAAGAACUGGAAGGAAUCCCACCAUUAAUUUGAAUUAACAUGUGUUCCCUUCAAGUUUCCGUGAUCUGCAACAACUUAGUUUUUCUCUGCAAAAUUACUUAUAGGUGGAAACUAAAGAACCUGUUGAUGAUAUUCUCUUCCUGCAAUGGGUUACAUUGUCCAAGGAUUAGCUUAUUUUGUGAUCUCUUCAUGAAUAUAGUAAUUACUUUGAGUUAACUUCAUUCUAUAGGUGAGAAAGCCAUGCUUAUACUAUGGUGUCAUUCCAUAACUUCAAACUAGAGGGGUGGUUUUAUCCCAGCUCAGGAGGGUUACUUUGCUCUUGCCUUAAUUUAAGCUAAGAAUUAACUUUCUAUCAUCCUAGGUGAGCAGUGUUGGCUUAACUUGGGUUUUAGGAAGACUGAGAAGGUAUCAUUGUAAAUGCUGUAACAGUUUAAGGAGCCAUAACUCUGAAUAUUAUUGAUAGAAAUAGUGAUUAUGAAACUCUUCUGAGAUGUUUUGUCAUAUAUACGUACCUGAUUUGGUAAAAAAAUUAAUACAUACCUGACAUAUGUCACCCUCUGCUGAGUGAAAGGAUGCAGUUAUGUCAACUCUUGUUGGCACUAGGUUGUAAUGUCAAUCAACAUCCUUGGGUAAGGAUGUUCUUAGUUUCAACAUUUAUGUACUUGAUCUUAGCAUUGUAUAUAAGAGCUCUUACUGUUACUACACUAUAGUAUUGAAUUUACUUAUUUUUAUACAUGUGACAUAUAGAAUUUUAGGCAAUAGAAAUAAUUAUUUUUAAAGUUAUGUUUUCAACUGAGCUGGAAUGUUUGAGGUUUUCAUUUACUGACUCAGUGUUCAGGUGGUACUACUGUGACAUUAUUCACAAGAUUAUGAUCAUGAGAAUAUCAUUGAAGACAAUGAUCUUUUAAAGUUUAUUGUAAAGUAUAAAAUCUAAAGGGGAUAUAAGAAUUGCAAUACGUAUAGUAAAACCUCCAUAAAUCAGAAUAAUAUGGGCUCUGCCUCUACAAGUGCUGAAAUAAGGCAAAUUCUGAAUUAUGAUAAAUUUUGUACAUCACCACUGAUGAAGUCAUUGCUUGAUUUAUUGUAGAGCACUGGAGUUGUAUUUUUAUUAACUGUUUUAGUAAACAGUAACAGUUUUUAACAGCAAUGAUUUAGUUCAGCUAAUAAGGUAGGCUAAGUGAACUUUCAAGGCAUGCAGGAAAUACAGUAUGAUAGUUUAUCUUGCACUCCUUCACAGUUUAUCUUUCACUCCUUCACAAUGGCAUUUAGCUCAUUAUGUAAUACAGUAUAUUAAAAGUUAUUUAUUACCUUUUCAGUAUUAUGCAAGAGGGGUUAUAGAUUGAGAAUAGUUGAAUGUACAAUAAGUUUCAGAUGAAAUAGAUGAAUUGUCUUUUUGCGUCACCAUUAUUUUGGUUACAUGGUUGUGAGAAUUACAUAGUUGCUGGUGAUCACAUUGUUUCUCAACAUUGAUCAUUAUUAUAUAACCUCAUAGUCAUUGUUAAUUUUGCUCAUUUUCAUUUCUCCAGUAUUUUGUAUUACAUAUUUUACAUGAUUCCCCAAAUAUUUGAUACAAAAUAAAAGAGAACCAUCUUUUAAGUUCCCUGUAGUUUUAAGUGGUUGCUGUUAGACUUCAUUAUUAAGCCAUUACCGGUAUCAAAGAUGACAAACCAACCAAACCUGACUUAACUUACUUAAUCUAAGUUAUGUUGGUUUGAAUUUGUCCUUAUAAAUUGCAUGUGAAUUGCCUCAGAAAAUCAGGCAUGCAAAUUUGGUUUUCUGAAAAUUUUGUAGAUGACAUUAAAUGUAGUCAUUGUAUACAAUUAAAGAAAACAAUAUUAUUGUGAUAAUAAGGGAUAGAAAAUUUCUUAAAGCCAGUACUUAAUUUAACAAAGAUACAUUACUGUACAGUAAGUCCUCGCUUAACGUCAUGGUUCCGUUCCUGAAAACCACGACGUUAACGGAAACAACAUUAACUGAAUCAAUUUUCCCCAUAAGAAAUACUAGAUAAAAUAUGGGAGUUACGCUCCCCAGCCUCCCUUUGCCCCAUAAAAUACAUUACAUAUACAUAAAUUCAAUGGAAUUUUUAUAGAGAAUAGUAUAUAUUAUACAUCCAAAGAGAUAAAUAAACUAAAUCAUUUUGUAUUGUGCUCACUGAUGGGCGGAGGUGGAGCGAGUGUGUUGUUACAUUGGUUAAUUCCCCAUUUAACCAGGUUGGAACACAUAUAAUAUAUAUUGGGUUUUUAGUAACAAAACCCAAUUGAAGUUUCUUGUUUUAUUACAAAAAGAUUAUGUCUAAUUCCUGAGUGUAGAUCAACCGUAAGUUCCACUAUUUAUGAAUGAAUGAGAAAGAGGACGUCGUUUAUGUAAUAUAAACGUGGAUCAACGUCCGUUCGAUGAAAGUUGGUGAGUGACUGACGAAGGCAUCGCACUAGUGCGCGCUUACAUAGAUGCUGACAUAUGGGCUUCUCCCUCUUGGGAAAGUUACUCUUCACGUGAUCAGUUCAUGUCUUACUCAUAGUUAGUGGAAAGUUACAGGUGGUGAA